AUGAAGCAAACUCUCUUCUUCUCACUCCUAUUACUAGCCUCCAUCUUUUUAACCACCACUUUAGCUCAGUCACCAGCUGCAGCCCCUAAAGCCCCAUCAAAACCAGCCCCAGCAAAACCUGCCCCAGCCACACCUGCUCCAGCACCAGCAAAACCAUUAGUCCCGGCAUUACCCCAAUCACCCUUGGCAGGUCCUGAUUCUUCUGGCAAUCAAGACAUCAUCAAGAUUCUAAGGAAGGCCAAAUCAUUCAGCACACUAAUCCGCUUGCUGAAAACCACCCAAAUCAUCAACCAAGUCAAUGCACAGCUUGUAACAACAAAAACUGGAGGCUUAACCAUUCUUGCACCAGAUGAUGGUGCCUUCUCACAACUCAAAGCAGGGUUCUUCAACUCCCUGGGAGAGAGGCAACAAAAAGAACUGAUACAGUACCAUGUUCUUCCCGUUUAUGUCUCGAGCUCAAACUUUGAUUCUCUCAGCAACCCAGUGCUGUCACUGGCCAGUGACAGCCCCACAGGGUUUCAGAUGAAUGUGACAGCAUAUGGCAACAGUGUGAAUAUUUCAACUGGGGUGGUCAAUGCCACCAUCACAGGCAUUGUGUACACGGAUAAGACACUUGCCAUAUAUCAUGUGGACAAGGUGCUUAUUCCUUUGGAUUUCUCUAAGCCUAAGCCUAUAGCUCCUGCACCGGCUCUUGCUAAGGCACCUAAAGCUGAUAAGGAGAACUCGUCUGCAGAAGAUGAUGAUCAGACUCAGACAACAAAGGACAAAUCUGGGGCCAUCAGUUUAGUUAGCAUUCAUGGAACAACAUUGGUGUCACUUGGAGUUGCUCUUGUUGCAGCAGCAACAACGAUGUCAUGUUGA